AUGGCAGACCACCCUGAUGCCCCCAGCAACAACAAGGCCUUUGUGCCUCUGGAAAACAACCCAGAGGUGAUGUCACAUCUCGUGCACCAACUCGGUCUCCCAACAACCCUCGGAUUCACAGACGUCUUCUCCAUCGACGAGCCCGAACUCCUCGCCUUUGUACCGCGUCCCGCAAACGCUCUACUUCUCGUGUUCCCCGUGUCCAAAACCUACGAAGCCUCGCGCGUCGCCGAAGACUCCUCGUUACCCGACUACAGCGGCACCGGACCCGACGAGCCCGUUCUUUGGUUUAAGCAGACAAUACGCAACGCAUGCGGUCUAAUCGGACUUUUACACGCUGUUAGCAAUGGCGAAGUGCGCAGCCACAUCAUCCCCGGCUCCGAUCUGGAUAAUCUACUGCGCGACGCGGAGCCUCUGAAACCGGCCGAGCGCGCUGAUUUGUUGUAUGAUAGCAAGGCUCUUGAAGCCGCGCAUGCUGAUGCCGCGAAACUGGGCGAUACCGCUGCCCCAGAGGCCGAGGAUCAGGUUGAUUUACAUUUCGUAGCCUUUGUUAAGGCGCUGGACGGGGGUUUGUGGGAGUUGGAUGGGCGUCGGAAGGGGCCUUUGAAAAGAGGACAGCUCGGUCCCGAUGAAGAUGUGCUCAGUGACACGGCGCUCGAGCUGGGUCCAAGACGCUUUUUGAAGAAAGAAGCGGAAGGUGGGAAGGGAGAUUUGAGGUUUAGCUUGGUCAGUCUGGGGCCGGUCUUUGACUGA